GCUGUAUGGUGUUAAUUGUAGAAUGCGAUUUCAGAUGUUAGUGCUUCUAAUUUUACCUUUUGUGGCACUGACGAGUGCAGGAAUCUGCCAAGAUGUGAUAAAGAAGUCUGCGGCCAAUCGUCCAUUUUUUAAAGUGGUGGAAUCACAAGGAAUUGAAAUCUAUUAUCCCAAGAAAGAUAACCAAGAAAUGUUCGGUAUUGAAAUCUACAAGAACAAGGAUUUACUGAAAAAGAGCAUUCCCUGUGAUCUGUGCGUCAACACAACCCUAGUUGAGGACGGUUGUUUCAAGAUUUCGAGUACAAUGCUGACUAUCGAAGUGAGAGACAUAUUGAAAUAUAUAACUUUCUCCAAAUUUACCAAUUCGUCUGAUGUAGCGGUGUCUCCCUCCAAGAAAGUGGAAUUCAUAGAUUUUGUAAUCCCUACCGAAUGUGUUUGCCGCGAUCCACCCGGAGGAUACUGUGCGAAGGCGUCCACCAAAAUCAUUGACUAUCGGCCCCUGUUUAAGUUCCACGAAAAGACGAGGAUUGCUGUUUACCUUCCGAAGGCUUCGGCGAGCGGUCUGACAGUGGGGCUCAAGGCGUUCCGGAAUGCAAAUUUCUACCGCAGAAACGAGCAACAGCUCGAUCUGAACAUUCAAACUUUCGCCGAGCGAAACGGUUGCUUCGUGUACGAAUCAUUGUUGCUUGCGCCAAAAUUUUCCCUGGGUGAUGUUUUGAGCUAUGUAGUUAUCCGGAAGAAACCUAACGGGAAGAAAAUACGUACGGAACCGAGGAAGGCUCCUCUAAGGGACUACUUCAUUCCGUCUUCCUGUUCUUGCCAACCGGAGCGGUACAAUCUCAUUAAGCCUCCGAAGUCGUCUAACAACUGAAUCAGAAAAAAAUCCCUACUUUAAACUUUUCAAUGAAACUGAAAUAUCAGCCAAACCAUUUCCAUUCCACUGGCGCAUGAUGUUCCGUUGCCAGACGGCCACGCCAUUGCAGUAACUGAUGGCGGCUGUCAUUUGAACAUUGGCCGAGACGAACCUUUCGAGGAAAGUGUCAACCCGUUUAUCACAUUUCUGGCAUCUGUUUGCUAGCUUUGCGGUUUGGCUUUGUGGUUUCACUUGCACCAAGUGAACUGACAUUGUGUGUAUCUUCAAUCAGAUUCAUGUGAAAGUUGGCUCGGUUGGUGGAAAUAUUCGUAAAAUAUAGUUUUAGAAAUUAUGAAUAGUUAUAAAUUUCUGCAAGCUGAAUUGUAACGCGUGAUUUCGACAAAGUGAGUAUUAAAUGGUAAUAGAAAUUCGAGAAUAAGUGUAAAUUGUCAAUAAAACGAAAAUACCA